UGCAAACCCUAUCGAAUUCAAAGGUGGCGGACGCUCAGAGCGCGAACCACCACAGCCAUGGCCCUGCCAUGGCCCGUAGCCUGCUCCUCGCUCACGUACUAUCAAUUGAUGCACACGCUACAAUCACCACUGUGGCCCUGUUUGGUUAGCUACCAUCGCUCCUCUCUGCCCAAAGUAUCGUGGGGUAAUCCGGGGAAAAACAUGGGGUACACGCAACACCACUCGUCAUAUCCUCCAUCACAAGACUCAUCUUCUCCUUGCCAACCCUGGUUGCAUUCACUCCCACGACUCACGAGGUCCGCCUCCGUUGUUGACUUGAUUGACAUGGCAGCGGGCGCUAUCCGGCAUGGCUUCGAAUAUCGGUGGUACAUGGAAGGUCAGCCGCUGCUCACUUUCACAUGUCAUGACCCCAUCUGUCGUCCACGCCCUUGAUCAACUCUGGGUGCGGCGCUGCCGAAAUGAUUCAGCCACUUGUCAUGACUUUUCCGUCCCAUGACUGUCUCUUUUUGCUUUUGUCGUCCACCGGUGCGUCUGCUCAAUUCUGUAGUUUGCCUUGUAAUGUGGCUGGCAUGUGGGGCACUGGGACUCGGAGCCAGCACGCUUACUUACGUCAUGUGAUAACCGUCCUCGGUCAAACGAUUUCCCGUCGCCGAAAGGCCAGCUUACGCAUUGGCUCGCCCAUCAUCAAUACCGCCGUUGCUGGAAGAAGUUCCAACUCAACAUCCCAAUUCUCCCACAAUGAGGCUGUUCCGCUCCUUUGUCCCUUCUCUGUUGCUCUCCGGAGCUUGCAUAGUCUCUGCUGCCUCUUCGUGGAGCUUUGAAGAUGCCACAGUCACCGUAUCCACCAAAGGAUCCGGUGCUGGCGGCAAGGACAAAUUGAGCCCCGAUACCCCCUUGGGUAAAUCAGUGUCAUUGGGCGACAGCGAUUCACUGAAAUUGCUGCUCACCACUACCGACGGAAAGAAAGCCAAGAGGCCCCAUCAGGCAUUCCUCACUUUGACCGAUCCAACAUCUGGUUUGGAAGAAUCUUUUGUGCUUGACGUCAAGGAGAGCGGCAAGGCCAAGGUCGAUCUGGACCUCCCUCACCAAUUCCUCUCCGCUACGAAACCAAUUCCUGCGUCCAUUGUUAUCGGUUCUUUUGGGUCCUCCACUCCUUACAAGGCCAAGGUCUUCGAUCUGAAUGUUGCCCGUGACCCCAACACCCCUCUCGCGGUGCCCGAGAAGCCGGAGCGCUAUGCGGCGGACAAGGAGAUUCACCACAUUUUCCGCGAUGAACCGCGCUCGCCACCUACCAUCAUCAGUCUAGUGUUUGCGGCUGCAGUAGUUGCGGCUUUGCCCGUGCUUCUCGGUGCUUGGGCGACGCUCGGUGCCAAUGGCAACCAUUUCGGUAAAGCCUUUGGAAACGCACCCAUCUCCCACUCUCUCUUCUACGGCUCCAUCGUUGCUAUCGAAGGAAUAUUCUUCAUGUAUUACACAAGCUGGAAACUUUUCCAGGUCCUCCCAGCAGCCGGUGUUGUUGGUCUCGUUGCGUUUGUUAGUGGAAGCAGGGCACUUUCCGAGGUGCAGGAACGCCGUCUUGCUGGACUCAGGUGA